GAGAAAGCAAACAAAUUGCCCUAUAAAUAGAAGCCAGAUUCAUAUGUAUGCAAGUAGUUAAUGUUGUAUUGUUUGGAAAACAACUGACUUUGUGAAAAUGAAGACGGUAUUCCUCCUCGCCCUGGUGUUGUGUGUGGCGGUGGUGCACUGCCGCCCGUCCGUGGAUGAAUCAUCGGGUCACGAAGGACACCACCACCAUCACAAUAAGGGCCAUUCAUCAUCGGAAGAGGAACACAAACACGGUGAUGAACACAAACACGGUGAUCGUCAUGAUGGGCACCAUCACCACCACAACAGAGGACAUGGCUCAUCGGAAGAGAAACACACCCAUGAAGAAGGUCACGAGGGCCAUCACCACCACCACAACAAGGGACAUUCGUCUUCAGAAGAGAAACACACCCAUGAACACGAAGCUAAGACUGAGGACAAAGCUUAAAUCCCGGAGAUCGAAGAAGAUUACGAAGAGUUUGAACAGAAGAAUUGAAAGAAAAAUUCAAAAUUAAGAAUUUUAAGACCAACAUGCAGAUUUUUGGUUAUCUGACAAAUACAUUCUAAAAUUAAACGCGAUAGACUGAAUUAAAUUAGGUAUACAAAGGCUA